CCUAUUUUCUAUAUCACGUGAUAACAGCUAGUCAUGUGUUUUAAAGAUUUUUCUGUAAAUUUUUGUUUCGUAUUAUAAAAUGUAUUGAGAAUAUAUUAUGUUUCCGUUCCAGUUAUUAUCGUGAAUUAUUUUGAAAUUGUUUCAGCUUCUCUUAUGGCGAAUUUGUGUUACGCAUGGAAAAAAUUCUUAAUAUUAUUAUUUACUUAUCUAGUCUUUUCCAUUGCAAAAUGUGAAGUUAAGAGAAAUUUAUCUCUCUUGCUUAAUCCAGAUUGUGAUGAAUAUCCAGAAUGCAAGUCUUCAAAAGUAUCUAUUUUUUAUACGGAAGCAGUUGGUCCUAAUGAUAUACUUCAUUAUUUAUGGAGUACACAAGGAGGAAUACCUAGUGCCUUAAUAGUUCAAACAAAUCUUAGUGUGCAACUUAGAAUUAACUGGACAGUUCUUUUGUCUGAUCAUCCUAAAAAUGCAAUAUCAUUUACAGAAAAACCACUCUAUUCAUUUGCUAUGCUUUUGACAAAGCUUUUACGAUAUGAUGAUGCAGACGAUACUGGAAAUAUGACCAAUUAUGUUUGUGAAUCAAUGGACUUUUCUGGUGUUAAUUGGACAUUUUCUGAUAAAAUAACAAAUAAUAGUGAUUUGUGUUCUGUUACAUUUGAAACAAGUGAAAAUUCUACAGAGUUUCUUGAAAAAGGCAACUUUAUCUUUCAGUUAUCAGCAUUUAGUGAUGAUAAUCGUGGAGAGAGACCACCUCGACUCUUACAUAAUUCUGCCAAUAAUGAAGUUGGAAUAAUUUUAAACAAUUUGAAAAUUAAUAGUACAAAAUCCAGAUAUGCUGUGGAAUUUAUGGCAAUAUAUAAUUCUGAAGAAAAUGAGCCUACACUUCAUAAGAAAGAGAGCAGCAAUCUUGAUGAUGAAUUCACUCCAGGAGUGUUUAGUACAAUUAAACUCUUGACUGCUUCAUCAAACUGUAGUAAUUUAUGUGCUAGUUAUCUUCUUUGGAAACCAGUUGCAUAUACUGAUAAAGACUCAACAGUUUCACUGUCAACUGAUGUAAAAAUAUACAAUGUAAUGAAAACUGAUCAAAUUCCUCUAGAAAGUAUUAUUUCUGCAUAUUUUGAAAACAAGACAAUACAAAUUUCAACGUGGAAUAUUUCAUUUGGAAUGACAGGAGACAAAUUUUAUAAGGACAAAAAAUAUACUUCUUGGUAUCUGACAAUUGGCUUGGGAGUUCCACCAGAAGACUCUCCAACUAUAGCUCUUAUUUUGACAAUAGCAAUUGGAUUUGGAACACCAUUUGUGUGCAUGAUCGCUGGUAGUAUUUAUAUGGGAAUAAGAAAAUUUUUUAAAAAAGAGGAUGAUCUCCUGUUAAGUCGUGAAAGUAUGUAAAAUCAUUCAAAUUCAAAAAACAGCAGUACAAAAUAAAAUUUUUGUGGAAAAUUUGUUUUAAUAUUUAUUUAGGACAGUUAUUGCGAUCAUCUUUACCGUCCAUUUGUAAACAGUAUAAAAUUUAUUUUCAAACAUUCAAUAAUUUGUGUUUAAAUUUAUUUUUGAUAGAAUUUUUGAGAUUCACAUUGGCAUGAGAACAUAACAUUGAAAUACUUUCAAAUAUUGAAUUAUAAUACAGUAUUUAUAAUAAUAUAUAUUGACUUAAAAAAUAGUUUCUGGAUGAAUUAUUAAAAGAUUUUAAUAUAAACCAUGCUGUUACAUUUAUUAUUAUUAUUAUAAUCAAUUGUAACUUAAAAUAUAAGGGGUGGUGCAGCAUAACUCAGGACAUUAUGAAUUAUUAAAUCCAAUUCAUGAAGUUGUAUUAUGAUUUUCAUUUAGUUAUCUGUAGUGUCAUGGCUUUCUUGGAAAGCUUUAAGAACGUUUGUAUAAUAAUAAUUGGAUGUAAUUAUUGAUGCAUUUCAAUCAGAAACUUAAUUAUAUAGCUUAUAUUGAAUUUCAAUAUAUUAAUUUACUAUUGGUCUAAACUGCUCUGGAAAAAAAAAAUCACUUUCAGUUUAUAUGUACAUUUUUUAACAUUUUGUCUAACAUAUUGUAUCUGUUUAAUUACUUCUAUGAAAGUUUGUAUAUAUGAUUUAUUAGGUUAUCGAAGAUCAAAUUUUGUUUUAAUUGCAUCACCCUAUGUAAGAUCAAAUAUUCAAUAUGUUGACAUUUAAUAUUAAAAUUUCCUAUGAUAAUAUUUCUUCAAUUGCAAUUAUCUGAUUUUCUGGAAAUGAGUGUUAUAAAUUUAUUAUGAUAUUUCUUCAUUGUAAAUAUAAAAAAAGUAAGUCAUCUGUGUGCAUAAAUAUUUGGUAUUUUCCAGGAAUUUGAUUUUGCCAUUAUUUUGUACAGAUCAUAAAAGUAUAAAAAAUUGUGUUGUUAUUGUUAUAACAUUGUUAUAAAAUUAACAAAUUAAAAAAUUUACAUUAAAAUAUGUAAAUUUUUUGAAAAAAGAUAAUGGAAAAAUGGGGUUUAUACUUUUCAAGUUUUUUAAUUCAAGUCCAGUUUUUUAAAUUUUCUGAUAAUAUAUAAAUAUAAGACAAAAUUCUUUGACUUCUUCCUAAAAUUUUUAAGAUACAAAACUACCAAAUUCUUUUUCAAGAUUAUUUAAA